AUGUUCACUGCUAGAAAUUUGAUUAGAUUAACUGCCAAAAGAUCCUUUGCUUCCACCAUGAAGACUCAAGGUGUUCACUUCAAAGACGGUGUUUAUACAAAUAUUCCAUUCAAGGUUCACAACAGAAAAAUCCCAUAUGCUAUCGUUCAUUUUUCUUAUUUCUUAGUUGGAUUUGCUGUUCCAUUUAUUGCCUCCUAUGUUCAAUUGAAAAGAUCUGGUGCUUUUUAG